GCAGGGGCCAGUCCGCUGCGUGCGGGGAGACGGAGGGAGACACGGGCUGGCUCGGCUCCGGCUGCUGUCUGCGAUCGGGCGGCCGCGGGGAGACCACCGUACCAUUCGCGUCUCCUGACGGCGGAGAAGAAAGAAACGACGGAGUGCGAGAGGCAGACAGGCCAAGGAGGACGACGGCAUCGGAACGGGUCUGCAUCAGGAUACGAGGACAAGGACGGGAGGGGGGUCUCCCUUCGGCACCUCCGCGCUCCCUGUCGCUCAGCACACUCCUCACUCCGCCAAGGCGACCACCUUCCGCAAGAGCCACUUGACGAGCGUCGCAAGCGAGCGAUGCGCCGUGAGCCACAGCCGAAAUUCCCGAGUAACUCUCCCAGUAUAACAACCGGUGGUUUUUAUAUUGCAAAUCAGUAACUGUGUCAGAACUACAGACACCGUGCACCUCGAACGGGUUUCUGGAGGCAAGAGAACCGUCUCAUCCUCUGGAAACUGACAACAAUUAAUUUAAUUCUUGUUCUUCGACAGGAGAAAGCGCCGCAGCGCUUUAUUCUACCAUUCGUUUCAUACUUAGUUUAUUUCUACAUUAGAUUUUCUAGCGACAAUGACCGGGCAAUCGCCUGCCUCAAUCAGCACCUAAUUGGCACCAUCGGUAUCUGCGCCGUUUCUCUGCGAUCCUGACUGUAGCGGACGUCCGAAAACCUCGAUAAAAAGCAGGAGCGUCUCCACCAGGACAAGUGGAAAUUCCAGGAGGGCUGAACGAAACUUCCCCAAAAAGGAAAAAGAAGUAGAAAAAAACCGUCGUUCGUUGGCUUUUAAAGGUUGGACGCAGUUGGCCAUGCUUUCCCUAGAUGAGCCGUUGGACCUGAAACUCCCACGCGGGCGGGUCAGUGGGCGGGACCGAGCGGCCAGGGCCCCGCCCACCCUCGCUGCCUCCCUGCUGCAGGCUAAGCGGGCUCGGCAGCUGCGCAUGGCUGACGAUGGGACUGCGGUCAUCGUUCCCGCCUCGCCAGCUUCCGCCCACACAGGUGUGCCCGCAGUCCCUCAGGAGAAGCCCGAGGCCCGGACCCCCCCAGCUGUGGACCUGAGUGUGUCGCCCCCCUCCUGCAAUACCCCUUCUCCCCAGGGGCAGUGCAAUGGAAACGGCUCUGGCUCCCUAUUCCUUGGGGACUCCGCCCACAUGCGUUUCCUGGAGGGCAGGCCUUCUUCGCAGACCUACCAGUUCUUCCUGCCUAUUGGCUCAGGGGCCGGGCUUCACCUACAGUCCUCCAUGUUCAUUGGCCAGCAGAAGGAGAGGCUGGCUUCUCCUGAUCUCUCAGCAGACGAGCAGCUGGCCUGUCACUGGAAAAAAUGCCACCUUUCAUUCAGCUCCCUGCAAGAUCUGGUGGACCACGUCAACGACUUCCACGUCAAGCCCGAGAAGGACACCGGCUACUGCUGUCACUGGGAGGGCUGUGCACGCAAGGGGCGUGGCUUCAACGCCAGGUACAAGAUGCUGAUCCACAUCCGCACCCACACCAACGAGAAGCCCCACCGCUGCCCCACCUGCAACAAGAGCUUCUCACGCCUGGAGAACCUCAAGAUCCACAACCGCUCACACACAGGAGAGAAGCCCUACAUUUGCCCGUAUGAGGGCUGCAACAAGCGCUACUCCAACUCGAGUGACCGCUUCAAGCACACACGCACACACUAUGUGGACAAGCCCUACUACUGCAAGAUGGCCGGCUGCCUGAAGCGCUACACGGACCCCAGCUCCCUGCGCAAGCAUAUCAAGGCUCACGGGCACUUCGUGGCGUCGGAAUCGCCGCCCCUACCUGGUGGUGCGGUGAAGGCGGGGGGCGCGAUUGGGGUGGUGGGCGGCGCCAGCAACGAGGUGGAGCUACCUUACGUGAGCGGCGCCCACAUCAUCAUCCCGGGGCCCGGGGCCCUCUUGGGGGGCCACACACUGCGGGGCCUGAGUGCCGCAGUGCCGCUGUCGCCCUUGAGCCCCCGUCCCCUGGACCUGAGCACAGUGGGCUGCCCCGGAUCGCCCCCCCCGGGGCUGGCCGGGGCCCCCAUCUUCUCCCUGAACGGCUCUCCGUUGAGCCUGGCUAAGUCGCCGCUCCUGUCCUCUGCGUUCUCCUCCUCAGCACUAGGCCUCCCCAUGGUGUCCCUGCUGGGCCCGGACCGCAGGGGCCCCGGCCGACAGGGCAAGGGCAAAUCCCGAGGGGAGGGGGCCGAGUGCGACGGGCUGCCGGGGGCGGUGCUCAACCUCUCCACAGGCACCGGCCACGAGUCGCUCUCCCCGGGCUGGGUGGUCAUCCCGUCUGGGCCGGUGGUGCUGAAGCCAGCUGUGGUCAACUGACACGUUCAUUCCAGCAAAGGUCACUGGGGGGGGGGGGUUAGAGGUAUUUGUCAGGCCUGCUGCUUUUUGUUUUUGUUUUUUUUUCUCCAAAAGAUGGGAAAAAAGACAGAUUUUUUUCCCACUAAUUCUCUUAGCCAUGAUUUUAAGGUAAUCGCGAUUCCAAAAUAGGUGUGGAAAGCAGGUCCGCUCCAUCAAGCCUGCGCCUUCCAACACGCUCCCGUAACGCAGCGUAUGACUGACACGCUCACAUGUUUAGUGACACACUCCUCAGACGUGGGGAUUAAUGCCUAGUGGCCUUGCCCAAGCCCCGGUUUAUUUGUAUAUGUCUGUUUAAAAAGCUGAUUUGACAGGCGAGCACUGUGAGUCAUGUAACUGCAAUCUACCUGCCCCCCCCCCCAUAAUAUCUAAAAAAUAUUUCACGGUGCCGUGAAUGAUCAGAGAAGCCAGCAUAACUGGACCAAUUAAACCACAAAGAUUUAAGCGUGGGCCAAUUAACAGGGUGGUGCCGGGGGGGGGAGAAGGGAGGUGAGUAGCCCCCAUCUCCUGCUGUUUGGAGCCUUUCUUUAAUUGCACCUCCUCAAAAAACACAGAGAGGCCAGUGCAUCUUCAGGAAGUUACAUGGAAUAACAGCACAGGGAGAUUACAGGGCGCAGAGAGUGUGACCUCACAGGGCUGCCUGGACCAAAACAUAAACAUCUGACAGUCCGGAGGCUCUGCAAAAUGCACACAGAUAUGGGGCUUGUGUAAGGACUCAGGCAAGACAAUAGUGCUUAAUCUCCCAGCGGUGACGUUUCUUCCACGUCUAGAGAUGAGAGACUGAGAUGCAGCACCCCCUGGUGGACGUAUUAUGUAUUGCACCCUACUGGCAUCCUGACCAAUGCCCUUUCAGUUAACCUCAGAAUUAUCUUAAACAGGUCUGAAAGCAAUGUAAAUAUACCCGUGUAGUCGUUUUCUGACCUGUGCUGUGUGUGAUGUAACAAAUAGCAAAAGAGGCAAAAUAUUUGGCAAGCAAAAAAAAAAAAAAAAGACUCCCAGAUGCAAGUAUAUAUACAACUAGUUUCUGCAGUCUAAGAGAGCCAGGAGCUUGGUGACCAGCAGGGGGUGCAGUGUGUCAGUUAAAUAUAUCCAAAAUGUAAUAAUUCUGGUGUUAUUAUCGUUUUAAAUGCCUAGUUAACAAGCAGACUUGAUCAGUUUUAACACUAAAGAUGUCUUCAGUACAUCCUGCAUUUUUCACAGAAACAUGGAGUUACACUUACUGGUGACCUUGUGGUUAGGGUUGGGUUCAGUGGGAAAGUUGACCAGCACCCCGUUGGUCUCACCACGACGGCCGGCUUCGCCACCUGCUUCAUCUUCCUCCCCGGCUCACUUGGCUGCAUUUGUCCUGAAGCUCGCAGCGGGCAUUGCAGUGGACGCCCUCCUCUCUGAGUGUGGGGUCCUUCCUCGCCCAGAGAUGAUGCGGGUGGAAUGAUGUAAGACGGUACACACCCUGGGGGGUGGGAACUGAAGACACGAGGGAAGAGCGGAUUGUGUGGGAUGUGGGCGGAGUCUGACACACUGCACCUCCUACGACCUCCACCCUCUCCUCGUUUUGUAAAUUCUCUUGAUGGUACUUUAAUUGUAAACAGUUACGACUAUUGCUGUUUUCAGAUGUUGGUUUCUCUAGACGAGACAUUUCCCGAUGUUGAGUACGCUUUGUUUCCUCGUCUCUGCUAUCGCUGCUCUACGUUCAGCUUUUUCCUGGGGAGGGGAGGGGCUGUUUCAGGAGAGCGCUGGUGCUCCAGGAGGAACUCACCAUGGGUCAAACUCACCAUGACCGUUCCUGAAGCCGUUGGCUGAGCUGGACCUGCAGGGAGCCUGUGGGGCCUUUAACGGCUCCGUUACCGUUUCUGCGUCCACUAAACUGGCCAGACAGCCGUGCACACAGCACAGUGCGUCUUACGCACUGCUCAUCCCAGCUGUCCAGGCCAGACCCUGGGCAGGAACAGGCUGUUUAACCUUAAUACGGAAAAGUAAAAUGCGUAGUAAAGGAAUCAUAUACAGCACAUUCCACAUCAAGUAGGGUGAUGGAGGGAGAGAGCGACAUUCCUCCGAGGACGUUGACAAUGCAGACUCUCACAUUAGCUUCUUACAGUAAGCAAACUCUGCCCUGCAUCUUUACUGUGGCUUCUGUUGAGAUUUUGACAGCCCAUACAUUCACACCAGCUCCUCCAAUCAUUUCUAUGGGCAAUAACAACCGUAACCCCCACCCAGCCCUAACCUUAACCAUAUGUAACCAAACAAAAUACAAGACUUUUGGCAUUUUCAGAAUUUUGAUUGCAGCCACAGAUUUUUAUAAAAAUGAAGUUUCCCCUAGUAGAGACCGAGAAAUGUCCCCACAAAGUAAAAAGAGCCAGGUUUGGUCCCCACAAUGUAGUGUAUACAAACACACAGACUCUACAGCCCUCCCCCUUCUGCUCAGUCCUCAGAUCUUGCAAAUUUAGAUUGGAGUAGGAACUUCCCAAUUAUGAUUGGUGGAGCCACCCAUGAUGGCAGAUGACAUCAUCGGAAUGGGCGGGGCCUUCUGAGACUGGGCGGACUUUCCCUGAUUGUAGUAGCAUCUCCUGACACAACUCUCCAGCUGCAGCCCCACCCUCCCUUCUCAGGGGGGAGAUAAUGCUGUCUGCAAGCACACGCCUCUGUGUGCCUGUGUGCACCUGUCUGUGGCUCCCCCUGGUGGAGAAAGCUGAAACUGACACCGAUCCUUUCAGGAUCUACACCUUUCAAGUAUGAAAUAAGCUGUUUGACCCAUUGACCCUUUGGGCACAGGCUACAGAGAACAGUCAUAUUAUGUACUGAAAUGAAAAAUGUAUUCAGUUAGUUACACAAUUGCAACUACUGCACUCUUACUCGACGUGUGCUGCCAUUCUUGUUUUGGUCUGUGCUUAAAAAAUGGCCCUGCAUCGUAAUUAAGAUGCUGUCACGUUGUAUAGGGCCUUCUGGGAGCUGGGAGGGAGCAAAAACGUUGACUGUCUGUGAGUCCCUGAGAACCGGAUUGGGAAACACUGCAUUAGAGGAAAAAAUCAUUAAACAAACAAACAAAAAAUAUAUAUAUAUAUAUCAAUCAAGAUGUUCUGUAUAUCCUGAUGGAGUGUGUUGCUGGGAUGUUUGUAAACGGCAAUGAGUAUCCCGUUUGCAGCACCAGAGUCCGACCAAUCACAGCAGUGCACAAAGGGUUAAUGUUAGACUACGGCCAAGCAGGCCGGCAUCCAGUUUUCUUUUGCACAUUUUUGAGAUAUUUCUAUUCAGUAUUUUUAAAUGGUUCCAAGUGCCUUUUAUUGUAGGUAAAAUGUAGAAGAUAUACAGUAUAUAAAAUAUGAAUAUAUAUAUAUAUUUUUCCCGGCACCAUGUUCCAGAGCAGAACAUGCAGAAUUUUAGAGUUGUAAGUCUCCGGUUGGUACAGAAUAGCAGUGUACUCCUGUUUUAGAGGAAGUUAAUUAUGAUGUCAUUGAAAAAAAAACAGAAAGCUGAAUAAAGGUGUAUUUGAUAAA